AUGCCUUGUACACUUGCUGAAAUAGACGCCUACAAAGCCUACCUUACUGGAGUCGAAAACCGUUCCCUCACCCUCCCAGUGAUUACAAAAGAUAACACUAACAUUGUAAUCCAUGUUGAUAAGCUGUUUUGUCGUGUCCAAUAUUGCCGCUGCCCUUGUAAAGCAUUUCCAGGCACUAACGACCUGCGCUACCACAUAAAAUCUGCCUAUGGAAUUGAUAUUCGCCCCGCCACCACUGGACGCCCCUCUUCCUGUGUUGUUAAGGAAGCUAUACAUAAGUAUUUCUACAGUUUCUACGAGGCGGUUGUGAAUGGUAUGGAGGUCCUAGAGGAUCCGCCUUUACCGAACCGCAGCACCCCUAUCCCGGAACCCCUUCUGCAACUUCCCCUGACGCGCACUAAAAAUCCCUCAUCUAAGAAGAUAAAAGAAAUGUUAGCUGAAAUAGGUGUUAAUACAUGCCCCUGUCUGUCCUGUAAGGCUGCAGGCAAGAAGGCAAGUGCUUGCUGCAAGGACCGUACCAUCUGUGAUCACUUUAGCUUUUUUAACUGCAGUGAGAUUGAUGGGGAUAAUAAAGAUAAUGGUGAAAAGGAGGAUACGUCUAUUUAA